AUGUUCUCUAAAAUGGUAUCCAAGCUGACAUCCCUGCAGCAGGAGCUCCUCAGCGCCCUGCUGGACUCAGGACUCACCAAGGACGUGCUGAUCCAGGCCCUGGACGAUCUGGACCCCAGCCCGCCGAGCUUCGGAGUUAAAAUGGAGAGCCUGUCCAUGUCCCCCGCUCCCGGCAAGAUGAGCGGGCCGGACUCCGACUCCAAGCCCGUCUUCCACACGCUCACCAGCGACCACAGCAAGGGCAAGCUGUCCGGGGACGAGGGCUCCGAGGACGGGGACGACUUCGACACGCCGCCGAUACUGAAGGAGCUGCAGUCGCUCAACACGGAGGAGGCCGUCGAGCAGAGGGCGGAGGUGGACCGCAUGUUGUCAGAGGACCCAUGGCGUGCUGCCCGCAUGAUCAAAGGUUACAUGCAGCAGCACAACAUCCCCCAACGGGAGGUGGUGGACAUCACAGGGCUGAACCAGUCUCACCUCUCCCAGCACCUCAACAAAGGCACGCCCAUGAAAACACAGAAGCGAGCGGCCCUCUACACCUGGUAUGUCAGGAAACAGCGGGAAAUACUGCGACAGUUCAACCAGGCAGUGCAAGGUCCUCCUGGCAGCAAUAUGACAGAAAAAGACAAUCAGGAUCCGGUGUUUUUCUUCCCAGAGUUCAACCCUACUGGUCCGAACAUGGGUCAGCCCGGUGAGGAGGUCGGCAGCGAACCCUCGUGCAAGAAAAUGAGACGUAACCGUUUCAAAUGGGGGCCCGCGUCCCAGCAAAUCCUGUACCAGGCCUACGAGCGACAGAAGAACCCCAGCAAGGAGGAGAGGGAGGCUUUAGUAGAAGAGUGCAACAGAGCGGAGUGUCUUCAGAGAGGGGUCUCCCCGUCGAAAGCGCAGGGCCUCGGCUCUAAUCUGGUCACAGAGGUGCGAGUGUACAACUGGUUCGCCAACCGACGCAAGGAGGAAGCCUUCAGGCAGAAGCUGGCGAUGGACUCCAUCACUGUACCGAGCCACGGCCUCAACCCUCUGCUGUCACUCAGCUCGCCACAUCACCCCCAGAACAGCGCUUCACCUCCCAUGCGUUACAGCCAAGGCCCCGGUGAGGUCACCUCCUCCACGACCAUCAGUCACCACAGUAGCAACGGCAUGGCCUCCAGCCAGUCGGUGCUCCAACAGGUGUCUCCGGGAGGAAUGGACCACAGCCACAGUCUGCUGUCACCUGACGCCAAGAUGAUUUCUGUUUCAGGUGGAGGACUUCCUCCAGUCAGCACACUCACAAACAUCCACAGUUCCCAUCACAGCCAUCAGCAGACACAAAACCUCAUCAUGCCUCUAUCUGGAGUCAUGGCCAUCGCUCAGAGUUUAAACUCGUCGCAGUCUCAGUCGGUGCCGGUGAUCAACAGCGUGGCGGGCAGCCUCGCAGCGUUGCAGCCGGUCCAGUUCUCCCAGCAGCUCCACAGCCCCCACCAGCAGAGCCUGAUGCAGCACUCACCCAGCCACAUGGGCCAGCAGCCAUUCAUGGCCGUCACACACUCACACAUGUAUUCUCACAAGCAGGAGCCUCCACAAUAUUCCCACCCGUCACGUUUCCCCUCGGCCAUGGUGGUCACGGACGCCAACAGCCUCAGCACCCUCAGCUCCAUGUCCUCCGGAAAGACGGACAAUCCUGUAAACAAGAUGGUGCAGCUCGGGGGUCUCUCCUGGUGUCCUCUUCAAGCUUGGUGAGAGCAUCCUCGACUUCCUCGGUGCCCGGCAACCGGAGCGCAUUUUUCCACCUUCUCACCGCGGUAACCAUGACGACUCUUAAUAACCGGCAACGGCGCGCUUCGUGAUGAGUCAGUCGACAAACAAGAGGAGUGACGGCGACGGCGGGCCAGGCGGCGAAAAUGAGAAAUGGGGACAGAGAAGAAAAACAAACAACAACCAAAAAAAAAAAAACACAAACCCCACCCCCUCACACUGACCAACCUCACUGGACCUGAAAGUGAAGAGACAGGACUCCCCCCCCCCCUUUCACUGUCGCACACACAUGAUCAACAAGGAUGUAUGAUUUUAACACAAUCUUUGAAAACAGUAUUCAAUUUUUCAUGCCCCUCUUCUCUAUUUUUUUUAUUUUUAACUGUACAGUCACUACAAAGGAACAAAAAAUACCAAGCACCAAAAAAAAACUGCUCAUGAACUGUGUGCACCUGACUGAAGGCUCUGGGACAACGUAUAUUAAGACUUUGAUUUAAGGUGGAAACAUGAAGAUACACUGAGACAGUGAUCGGCCUCUGUGAAGGUUUAAGGAGCCAGUGACUUACUGACACACACACACACACACACACAAGUGCCUGGAUGUGUGUGCACGUGAGCAGAGCUGUGUGACAAUCACAAUAACCUGUACCGAUGUUGUGCAUGCAUUUUGACAUUCAUACUGGGCUUUAAAGGAGUCUUCCAUGUUAUUCUGUCACAUUCAGUUUACUGUGCUAGCAUUUAGUGCGCGCCAUGAAUGCCAAGGACUCAUCACUUCAAGUUGUUGUCGAUGUGUAUACUGUGAUUGAAAAAGACUUUCUGACAAUCUUGACAGGACUAUGCAAUGUGUCUAUAGGCGUCUGCAAUGCUUUGUAUAGCUGGAUUCUGCACACGGCUCCACACACUUGAAAUGAAUAUGCACUAUCAGUGAAGUCACCAACAGUUAUAUUGGAGUGGCCGUUGAUAAAGCUGCCUGUUAUAUAACAUAAAAAGCAGAUGUAAGAAUGCGUGGCAAAUAUGCACAGUGUAGGCGCAACUUCUAUUUGUCACCGCGUCUCUAAACGCUCGCCUGCCAUAUCUGUAAAACCUGGUGUUGCCUUGCGGGGGAGGACUGACUCACCCACUUCAAAUGUGGCCCUUCCCCUCCAUGGAAACCUCUGGCUUUUUGUUUGCACACAGGUUCAGGUGAAUUUCAGGAAUGGGACUCACCCUCGUCCUCCUCUUCCUCCUCCUCUUCCUCCUCCUCCUCCU